AUGAACUUACCAACAAGGAUAAGGCUAGGACAUUCCUCUGCUUAUGGAAUGAAAUACUUGGGAGGCCUAUUGGUUGGGAUUCAGUUUAGGAGUGAAGGUGACGUUGGCGAAUUCCUUAAGAAUGAGAAUUACUGGAGGGAAUGGUUCAGGGAAACUAAACUGGGGAACUCCUAUGAUGCAUUGCCGGGAAGAAUUGCAUGGCUGAAGAUAAUUAGUCUACCACUACAUAUGUGGACUGAAGGAAAUUUUGAACGAAUUGCAGGGACGGUCGGGAAGGUGCUAAGUCCAUCCGAAAUUUCAAUGCGUCUACAAGAUGUGUCGUGUGGUAAGAUUUGUGUCCUUACAAAAAGGAAGAUAAGAAUCAAUAAAGAGGUUGAAGUGGAAUUUAAUAAAAAUAUACUAAAGGUGGGAAUCUCUGAAGUUGACUUCAAAUGGUCUCCUUUUCCAUCAGGAAAUUGGUCGAUGGAUGAUUAUGGCGGGCACGAUAGAUCCGGUGAUUUGGAGAAUUUAGAGAAGAAUGAAGAUUCAAAUUCGGAGGAUGAGGAUGAAGGUAUUUUAGAAACUAAUAUUUCAUCAGGAUGGAAACCUACUAAUGGAGGUUUACCUGAGGAUGAAUUGGAAAGAAGGAGAAUUCCGACAUGGUGA